UUACUUUUAUCAGGUGAUCAACUGCGUGUCGCAUCUCUCCGUAAUGAAACCAACGGGCAGCAUCUAUGUGGAGCAACGCUGCUCACUCAGGAGGUUGCCAGCACUGCCGCGCACUGCGUCCAUGGCACGGGCUACGUGCUUCAGCUGAACAAUUUCUGCGGGGACCCGCCGCGCACGAGAGUCUUGGACAUAUUUACGCACGAGCUGUAUGAUAAGUAUUCACGUGCUCACGAUAUUGCUUUGCUUCGAGUGGAGCGACUAGAUUUUCCAGGACUUAAUGAAAGCGUGCUACCUGAACAUUCGUUUGGCGCCGGAGGCGAAUGUGCAGUAUACGGCUACGGCGUUAAAGACGUGUCAACAUACGAACUGUCCGAGGCUCUAUUGGCAGCCAACGUGAGAAUAGUUCCCCUGGACGAGUGCACUCAAUCUCUGGGGACCUACAUGGCUCCCAAUUUCGACAGCGGAAUGGUAUGCGCUGUCGGGAAUGGCGUCGAUACUUGUGAAGGUGACUCCGGGGGUCCCCUGAUGUGCCAAGGCCUAGUGGAGGGCGUCAGCAGCCACGGGCUCGGCUGCGCCGCCCCGGGCGUACCCGCGGUCUACACCAGUAUUAGGGCGCACUUGGCUUGGAUACACCAAGUCUUACAGACCUGGGACCCAAAUACUAGGACACAGGCUAGGAUAUGAUACCUAUAUUACCC